AGGAGUCACUUCUGACUGUCUGACUAUUACAGCCAUGGCUCCCAGCCUUACUAUAUCUGAAACAAGCUACUCACACAAACCUGUGAGCUCAAAAAGAAACAAAGAGGCCAGUGAACUGAGAAAGACUCUAAAACCUCUGAUGGAGAAACGCAGAAGAGCUCGUAUUAAUGAAAGUCUAAAUCAACUGAAAACCCUCAUCCUGCCUCUCAUUGGAAAAGAUACUUCCAGAUAUUCCAAACUCGAAAAAGCAGACAUCCUUGAAAUGACUGUGAGGUUCCUGAGAGAUAUCCCUCCAGUGCAGACACAAAACUCUGCAGACAGCUAUAGAGAAGGAUACAGAGCUUGUAUUGACAGACUCAGCACAAUUCUCGACAAAACAAAGAUGAUGAAUGGGGAGACCUGCAGUCGACUUCUGGGACACUUACAGAAUAGUCCAGAUCUUUGUUGCCAAGACUGCUCCAGAUCACCCAGCCCCAAACUACACAGCCCUAGGAUAGUGGUACAUUUUAACCCAAGAGGCUCUGUGGGUUCAGCAUCUCAGAACCAACAGCCUAACAGACCUGCCCCAAGUCUGCCAUCCCCCAGCCAAGUCAUCUGGAGACCCUGGUGAACCAUAAUAUCCUCAAGAAUAGACUGUCCACCAAAUCUAUUUAAAUCUAUUUUUAUUAAUGUAUUUAAAAACAUUUAUGUUAAGCACAAUAUGCAAUUACAACACUUAUAAACCUCACAUUGCUGCAAGGAAAUUAGUACUUUUUAACAAGUUGUUUAAUAAUUUAGUCCUGAUAGGGGAUUGAAUGGAUUGGGGUACACAUUUUAUUAUGAACCCUGGUAAACCCAAAGGGUUGUAUUUAGUAUGCGGUUUGCAUUCUUUGUUUAGAUAUAACAGGGGGCAUGUGCAAAUUAAUCUUUGUAAAUAACUACUGUUGUGUUUGCACUGCAAGCACUUUUUUGUUUACAUUUUUUAUAUAAAUAUUUAUUUUUUUAUAAAUAAACACGUCUUUAAAAAUUUAA